AUGAGCAAGGAGCUCACCAAGGCGGCGAGGGAGCAGCGAGACUUGCGGGUUCUGCAGGGCUGCACCUUCCAUCCGCGUAUUAACCCCGUUCGAGGCGGUGCUGGCGCUGGCCGCGGCAGCAGCAGCAGGGGCACCAGCCGGCACUCACAGAAGAGACAGGACGGAACGGGGGCCGGUGGAGGGGGACGGGACGCCAAGAGCCGCGGCCGCACUCGCGCGGCGUCGACGAAGCGCUUUGGACGGCAACCAAGGCCAAUGCCGCCACCCUCGCAGCCACCACCAGUGGCGGCUGCCGCGGAGCGGAGCAGACUUCGGCCACUCUCCUCGCCAGCCGCCACCGCCGCCACCGCCGCCACGGCACCGCGCAGGACAAGCGCGACGCAGCGAACAAUGGAGGUGAUCAAGGACUCCGUGGGUCGCUGGACCCCGUAUGGGCCAGACAGCCUUGACGUCGGGGCCUCUCGCCCGCCUACCGCGACAGCAACAGCAGCAGCGGCAGCGGUGAACGGCGGAAGGGGACCGGGAAAGCGGGAGGCCUUUUCCUCCACCUUUUCAUGGACGCCCGACGCGGACGCUGACGGCGUGGGCAAAGGACAGCCGCCGCCGCAACACCAUUUCUACCAGCGAGACAGUGAUUCCUCUUCCUCUUCUUCCUCUUCUUCCUCGUCCUCUUUCCACGCCGCCGCUGCCGCCACUACGGACGAUCUGCGACCGUUCCUUCCCCACCCGUCUCUCGUGUCCACAUUCAACAAAGCGCGGACAAAGGCGGCGCGGGACGCAACGGUGGCGUUC